AACCGAAUUUUUGAAAAACGCGGUUUUGAUGCUUUUUGUGUGUGUUGUGCUGUCGCCAUUCUUUCCCUCUCCUUCUGCUUGAUAGCUUUGCUCUCAGACAGAUCACAUUCCUUUCCUUCCCACCUUUGAAGAUUUCAACCUCUGGUCAAUCAUUCAUAUUUCUCCUGAUAUAGAAUAAUUAUAGGAAAAUCGAGUUUCCCCUUUGGCAGUUGGCUCUGACGAUGAGAUAAUUAGCUUCCCACUGCUCCUUCCCUCUCCUUUCCUUUCCUUCCCCGAGAAAGAAAAAAACACAGAGGAAAUCACAUCAUUGAAAGAAAACAGAAUAUUAGAGUUUGUCAAUCAUGAACGGAGGGAAGAAGAAGAAAGAUAAUUCAUGGAGGAACAUUUCCUCCUAAAUCUCUCUCUCUUUCUCUCUCUCUCUAUAAUUUUCUUCCUGUUCUUUUUAGUUUAUUUGCAAAAAAUUGAGUUUGUGAGGCAAAAAUAGGGCCAUACCCAUCUCGUAUCACUACACAAAUUUUCCAUCUUGAGAGCCUGUUCUGUUGAUUUGUUGGAUUUGGGGAAGUGGGUUGCAGGUAGCAAGAAAGAUGAUGAUGAUGACGAUGGAGGGGAUGAUGGAUAAAGGAGUACUGGAGGAUAUAAUAAGGAGGCUAUUGGAAGGUAAAGGAGGGAAGCAGGUUCAGCUAUCGGAGUCGGAGAUCCGUCAAUUGUGCGUUAACGCUCGCCAGAUUUUCCUCUCCCAACCGGUUCUCGUCGAGAUCAAAGCUCCAAUUCGAAUCUGCGGCGACAUACACGGACAAUACCAAGACCUUCUGAGGCUAUUCGAAUAUGGAGGGUACCCUCCUUCUGCAAACUACCUCUUUCUAGGAGACUACGUUGAUCGAGGGAAGCAAAGCUUGGAGACCAUAUGCCUCCUCCUCGCCUACAAAAUCAGAUACCCUGACAAAGUCCACCUAUUGAGAGGCAACCACGAGGAUGCAAAGAUCAAUCGGAUAUAUGGCUUCUACGAUGAGUGCAAGAGGAGAUUUAACGUCCGACUCUGGAAAAUAUUCACAGACUGUUUCAACUCCUUGCCCGUGGCAGCUCUCAUUGACGAGAAAAUACUCUGCAUGCAUGGAGGGUUGUCGCCUGACUUGGAGAAUCUGGAUCAGAUAAGAGAGAUUGAGAGGCCAACAGAGAUUCCAGACGGCGGACUUCUUUGUGAUUUGCUUUGGUCUGAUCCACAUCCGACCAAUGAAGGAUGGGCGGACAGUGAUCGAGGGGUUUCAUGCACAUUUGGAGCUGAUAUAGUCGCAGAUUUUCUUGACAAGAAUGAUCUUGAUCUUAUAUGUAGAGGGCAUCAGGUAGUGGUGGAAGACGGAUAUGAGUUCUUUGCUCAGCGACGAUUGGUCACGAUCUUCUCUGCUCCUAACUAUGGUGGGGAAUUCGACAACGCAGGUGCUCUAUUGAGCGUAGAUGAAUCCCUCGUUUGCUCCUUUGAGAUACUAAAACCAGCUUCAUCAGCAGGCAGCAGUUCGAAGCCCCUUAAGAAGCCUCCUAAAACUGGUUAAAGCUUGACACAGAGCAAGAAUGGAGAUUUGGAGUUUUACCUAACUGUUCAUGAUUAGGAGAAGAUCUUGGAGUUGAGAAAUGCAGGCUUAUAGAAGAAAGAAGCUCUCUCUUCUUUUCAAACCCACCUACACAUAGCUUUAUUCUUUGUUCUUCUUUUCUUUUUGAGCUGGAUAACCCUUUAUGUAACUUGUUAUUCCUGUUGAUUAAUUAGCAUUUUGAUAUCUGUAAAGGUAAUUUGAAAGGGAUUAAGGAAAACAGCCAGAUGAAAAUUUCUUUUUUGUGUAUGUUUGUACAAGUAAAAGGUUUUUUUGGCUUACGAACAAGAGUCCUAUUAUCCUCCCCCUUAAUGCAGCAGAACCAACAUUCUGAAACUAAGGUAAAAUUAACAAGAGCCAUCGCAGCAAAACUCUAUUGUCAAAAAGACCAACUAUGGUAGUUGCCAAGGAAAAGGCAACCAUGUCUUCUUUUGUACAACAGCCUGACAAACAUCCGACGAAUUCUUCUGCAACUUCAAGCUUUGAGUGAUCCUUGAAUUAGGGGAUUCUGUAAUUCCAACAGACAGCUUGUAGAAUAUGGUC